AUGCUCCUUAUUAUACUCCUUACAUUUACUCACAUCUGCCACUCCGCCACCAUUAACUCCGACAACCACCACUUCCUGAAGCUCCCACUCCUCCACAUUAACCCUCUUCAAUCCCCUUCCCAAGCCUUCUCCUCCGACUCCGCCCGUCUCUCCGCCCUCCUCUCAACCCUCCACCGCAAGCCCAAUCUCCCUGUCACCUCCGGAGCCUAUGCCGGCGCCGGACAAUACUUCGUCACCCUCCACCUUGGUACCCCUCCUCAAAAACUCCUUCUCAUUGCUGACACCGGCUCCGAUCUCAUCUGGGUAACCUGCUCCGCCUGCCGAGAUGAUUGCAACCGCACCCGCCCUCCACAUUCCGCCUUCCUCGCCCGCCACUCCUCCUCCUACUGCCUCCACCACUGUUACGAGCCGGCGUGUAAACUCGUACCUCAUCCUCGCCCCAGAGUCGCGUGCAACCACACGCGCCUCCACUCUCCAUGCCGUUAUGAGUAUUCAUACGCGGAUGGGUCUAUCACUAAUGGCUUCUUUGCCAAAGAGACGACAUCGUUCAACUCCAGCACCGGCGAACUGUUACAGCACGACAGUUUAGCUUUCGGGUGUGGGUUUACGAUUUCCGGUCCGAGUGUUUCCGGUCCAAGCUUUAAUGGUGCUCAAGGAGUAAUGGGGUUGGGCCGUGGGACUAUAUCGUUUGUUACUCAACUCGGCCACCGGUUCGGUAACAAAUUCUCUUACUGCCUCAGAGACUACACCAUCGCUCCGCCGCCGACGAGUUACCUCUUGAUCGGCACUGCCGCCGGGAAUUCAAGAAUGCGGUACACCCCAUUGCAAACUAACCCUUUGUCCUCUCCAUUUUACUACAUUGGGAUUGAAAACGUUUACGUAGAUAAUAUGAAAUUACGUGUAAGCCCUUCGGUGUGGAACAUUGACAAAAUGGGAAACGGCGGCACCAUCGUUGACUCUGGCACCACCCUCACUUUCCUACCUGACACCGCGUACCGCCAUGUUGUGGCAGCUUUCAGGCGGCGCGUGAAACUUCCAACCCCGGCGGGUUCUCCUCCAAACUUCGAUCUUUGUAUCAACGUAUCAGGCAUUUCAAGACUGAGUCUGCCCAAACUGAGUUUCAAACUCGUUGGCAACUCUGUUUUUACUCCGCCGGUAGGGAACUACUUCAUUGACACGGCGGAGGACGUAAAAUGUUUAGCGUUGCAGCCAGUGACCUCAGCCGGUGGAUUUUCGGUGAUCGGAAACCUAAUGCAACAAGGGUUUUUGUUUGACUUCGAUAUCGGAAGGUCACGACUGGGGUUUUCUCGGAGCGGGUGCUCUAUUGGUUGA